UAACAUGAUAUAAUGUUAACCAUUUUUAACUUAUAAAUAUAAAUACUCUUUACUAUUUUUUUUUUAAAUUUUUUAUAACAUUUUCUGAAAUAUGUUAAUAUGUUAUGAUCGUCCACCGUCGUCAACGUCGCUUCUUUCAUGUUCUACAAUACUUGUUAACUUCAUCACAGUUUCGUCCCUCUGUUUCAAAAUCCCCAAUUUCUCCGAUAAAUUUUUCCGAUCCGCCGCCGCCCCCCCUUCCGCUGCUGCUUCCAUGUCUUCUUCUUCUUCCGGUGCGAUUCAACUGCCAUUAAACCCUGAAUCCAACAUCGUCGCCAUUAAUGUCGGUGGCCACCUCUUCCAAACCACCAAACAAACCCUAGCCCUAGCCGGCUCCAAAUCCCUUUUCUCAACCAUCUUCGAUUCGCUGCCCCAGUUCACCGCCGUGCCGUUCGUCGAUCGAGAUCCCGAUCUCUUUUCUCUCCUCCUUUCCGCCGGCGCCACCGACUUCUCCGGUCUGCAAAUCCUCGAUCUCGAAACCGGACAGAUCAGAACGAUUCUAAAUUGGGAGAAUGCGACCCGAUCGAGCUCCACCGUGCAAGCCAUCGGAUCCUCUCCCCAAUUUCUGUUCACCAGCUUCGAAUCAGGCCGACGCAACUCAAAUUCCAUCAUGAUCCACGAUCUACAGACCUUCAAUCCGGUCUCAGAAAUCGGCCACAACGAGAUCUACGGCGCAGAGAUCGACUCAGCAAUCCCAGCCACAAUGUUGAACUGGGUUUCGCGUUACAAUCUGCUAAUGGCUUCGGGGUCUCACAGUGGGCCUUCUGGAGUACAGGGCAACAUCAAAUUCUGGGACAUAAGGUCCGGGAACGUGGCGUGGGAGGUGAAGGAGAAGGUGGACUGUUUCUCAGACAUGGCCGUAGCAGAGAAUCUGUCCGCCAUUUUCAAGAUUGGUGUGAGCUCCGGUGAAGUUUACAUUGCAGAUCUGCGGAAGAUUGAAGAUGGGAAUCCAUGGAAGUGCCUUGGGGACAGGAUGAAGGUGGUGAAUGGGAAGAAGGCAGGGGUUGGGGGGAAGAUUGAGAGCUAUGGGAAUCAAGUGUUUUGCAGCAGAGGAGGGAACAUAGAGUUGUGGUCAGAAAUAAUGGUUGGAAAUGGAGAAUUAGGGUUAGGGUUAGAGGAGAGAGUUUUCAGGAAGAAUUUGAUGGGGAGAGGGAAGGAUUUGGGAGGGGAGAGGAUAACAAGAUUGGGUUUUGGAGGGAAUAAGAUGUUUGUGACAAGAAAAGAUCAGCAAUUUGUGGAGGUUUGGCAGAGUUCAGCUAAGGGAUUUUGAUUUUUGAUCAUCAACCAAGCUAAUCUUUUUAA